GCUAUUGUGUUUUCGCCAGACGGUCGGCACGUAGUAUCUGCUUUAGAUAACGAGACAGUGCGGCUCUGGGACACGGUAAUAGGGAUGGUACUUUGGAUACUCGAGGGCUAUUUAUUAUUAGUUAGUGCCUUGGCCUUCUCGCCAGACGGCAAGCUACUAGCCCAGCACGUGGCAUUAGUUUCGGAUAACGAGAUAGUGCGUCUCUGGGACACGGCGACAGGGACCGCACUUUGGACGCUUGAGGGACAUAUCGCGGCCGUCGCGGCCGUCGCGUUCUCGCCGGAUGGCCAGCAGGUGGCGUUUGCGGAUGACCGGACCGUGCGGCUCUAUAAUAAAGGCACGGGGAUAAUACUCAAGGGCCAUACUUACUUAGUUAGGGCCAUUGCGUUCUUGCGGGGCGGCCAGCAGGUAGCGUCGGCUUUAUAUAACGGGAUAAUACUACUCUGGGAUACGGUAAUAGGGAUAGUGCUUCGGGUGCUCGAGGGACAUAUUCACGGUAUAAUGGCCGUUAUGUUCUUGCCGGAUGGCUAG